AUGGCAACAAGCAAUGUAACACCGAAGGAAAAGGAGAUUUUGGACAUGCUUUAUGAGACAGUGAUGAAACCCUAUGUAGACCUUUAUAACUGGGAAGGUAUAGAGUUCCCAACCAGCACCAAGAGCAUAUAUAAAUUUGAGGCGAAUAACCCUGACAUUGCGGUGAACGUCUUGUAUAUAGAGGGAAAGAAGAUCAACAUCCUACGCCGAUCAGUGCGCAACGGACGUAGCAAGUUGGUGACUCUAUUGCUUAUCAAAGAUGAUAAAAAGACUCAUUAUACGGCCGUCAAAUCUCUAUGGAGGUUCCUAGGCAAGGAGACCCCGAAAAAUAGGAAUGCAAUGCAUUUUUGCCUAAACUGCUUGCAGGGCUUUCCAACAAUUGAAUGGAGAGAUAAGCAUUAUAGGUAUUGCGAGAAUCACGAGGCGGUUAAGAUCACAAUGCCAACAGAGGCCGAAAAAUGGCUAUACUAUAGAAAUGGCCAACAGCAACUCAAGGUACCCUUUGCCAUAUAUGCAGAUUUCGAGAGCCUGCUAGUCCCGUUAGAAGAUGCAAGGGGUAAAAAAUCCAAGAAGCUGAGCAAGCAUGUACCAUCCGGAUGGUGCACGUAUAGUACCUUUGCCUAUGGGCAUGUGCCGGACCCACUUAUGGUAUACAGGGGUGAGGACUGUGUGACGAGGUUCGUCAACCAUCUGGAGGAUGAGGUCAAACGUCUCUACAAUACCUACCUUAAACGGGACAUGCUACCCCUAACAGAGGUACUAAAAAGAGAACAUGACGAGGCCACGCACUGCCAUAUCUGCCUAAAGCCCUUCGAUGACUGGUAUGAUGCUCAUCUCUUCAUACGAGAAUUAGGCGAGAAGUACGACACUCAGGACAUUGGUUCCAUCGCUGAAAAUGUAGAAAAAUAUAUCAAUUUCAACGUGAAAAUCAAGGUACCCCUUGUAGCAUCAUCGCUAAACAAAUUGGCAAGCAACCUCAUUGGUACAAACGCCGCAGGUAUGAAAUUUAAGCAGUGUGCAAAUACCUGCCCUGAAUUCCAGGGCAUAGACGCCGAAUACAUGUCAAAGUUUUGGUUUAAAAAUUGCGACUCAAAUACCACGAAGCAGCUUAAUCGGGAUCAGGUAAAUGCAAACGUACCAUCCAUGGCAAAGUUCAUCGACAAAUAUGAUACCUUCAGGCUGAUGCUUCGGAAAGAUGUGUAUCCAUAUGAGUACAUGAAUGGAUGGCAGCGAUUUGAAGAGUCGGAGCUACCUCCAAAGGAGGCCUUUUACAGCAAGCUGAAUAUGAAGGGGAUCAGCGAUAAUGACCAUGAAUAUGCCAAAAAGGUAUGGAAUGUCAUUACCCCAGAGGGUGAUAAUGUAACCAUGGGAGACUACCAUGACAUCUACCUGACCAUAGACGUCCUGCUAUUAGCCGACGUCUUCGAGACAUUUCGGGACGUGUGCGUGACAAACUACAAGGUUGAUCCUGCGCACUUCUACAGUGCACCCGGUCUCGCCUGGAAAGCAGCACUCAAAUUUACAGGUAUAAGGCUAGAGCUUCUCACAGACCCCGACAUGCUCCUAAUGUUCGAGAAGGGUAUUCGAGGAGGCAUAACCCAAGCUGUGCACCGGUAUGCGAGAUCAAACAAUAAGUACAUGGGAGACUUGUACGAUUCAGAGGUUAAAUCCUCCUACCUACAGUACCUAGAUGCAAACAACCUAUACGGGUGGGCGAUGCGUCAAGACCUGCCCACGGACGGUUUCAAAUGGGUGUCAAACGUCGAGGCUUUCACAGAAAGGCGAAUCGAGAAGCUCGUUAGGGACAAUAAGCAUGGUUAUAUCCUGGAGGUUGAAAUCGAUUACCCAGAGAGACUAGACGACAAGCAUAAUAAGCCGCCGUUCCUGCCGAGCGCUCGAUGGUUCAUAGGGGCCCUUCACGAGGCUAUAAAACAUGGGCUUGAAUUGAAGAAAGUACGCAGGGUCAUCCGAUUUAAUCAGAAAGCAUGGCUUAAAGGAUACAUUGAUCACAACACGAGGCUGAGAACGGAUGCUAAAAACGAGUUCGAAAAGGACUUUUACAAGCUGAUGAAUUUAAACGUGUUCGGCAAGACCAUGGAAAAUCCAGCUGGUUACCAACGAGGACAAGCAUACGAAACUCGUCAUGAAGCCAAAUUUCAAGGGUGGAAGCAGGUUCAGCGAGCAUCUAGUAGGCGUUGA